AUGGGGAGGCUCUCAGCUUGUCUGGUUCAUGCUUUUACCUUUAUCGUUCGAAUCACUGUGGUGCUAGCUGAGUACGAACCAUAUACACCCAACUACAUAGAAACUCCCUACAAGAAACCAGUUGUGGAGGUUACUGCCGACCUAUAUCUUCCUAAAGUUUACCCAUCACCACCACCACCUGUUUACGUCGCUCCAGCUGUUUAUCCAUCUCCAUCACCACCUCCUCCUCCAUCUCACGUCGCUCCCGUAGUUUACCCAUCUCCAUCACCACCACCACCAGCUUACGUCGCUCUCAUAGUUUACCCAUCGCCAUCACCACCACCACCACCAGCUUACGUCGCUCCCGUAGUGUACCCAUCUCCAUCACCACCACCACCUGCUUACGUCGCUCCUUAG